AGGGAGAGAGAGAGGGUGAGUGCACCACUGAGUGAGAAAGUAGGCGGCUACCUGCGGGACAGGCCUGUCAGUGAGGGGGCUGUUGCGUGAGGGAAGGAGGGGCAGGAGACUGGGGCCCUGGCUCUGGGGUCACGGCUCAAGGAGGAGCCAAAAGCUCUUCAGUCACCACCCUGCCUGUUUGACAGAUGAGCAGACUGAGAGGGCUGAGCAGAGGGGCAGCUGCUGGGUCUGUGGGCUGGCCUUUGACCAGCAGUCUCUGGUGCUCCUCCACGUCUUUCUCUGCCCCCUCCUCACCCUGUUCCCCCUGCGGAGGUAGGGGAGCAUUCCGGGAAGGAGACCUUUUCUCCGCCUCCCUGCUCCUCUAGGCACAGUUUCCGCCAGGCUUGGUGUUGGGGGUGGCCAGGAGGGGUAGCCCCCGCAGGGGCUAUUUCAGUCCGAGACAACCCUGCCAGGAAACAGAGGAAGCUGCCCGCCCAUCGGAGGUGUUGCAGCCCGGGCUGAGGACAGGAGAGUGGAGAGCCUCGUGUCUGGCCUCCCUUGCCCCAGCGCGCUUCAGGGACAGGAGGCUACACAUAAGAAGACUGAGACCAAAAGAAGGACCAUGGCUUUGGAAAAUGGAGUCCAGGCUGAAGAGCUUCUGUGGAAGUAGGAAACCCAGUCAGGCAGCUAUGGAGUGGGACAAUGGCACAGGCCCGGCCCUGGGUUCGCCGCCCACUACCUGCGUCUACAGAGAGAACUUCAAGCGACUGCUGCUGCCACCUGUGUACUCGGUGGUGCUGGCGGCUGGCCUGCCACUGAAUGCCUGCAUCAUUGCCCAGAUCUGCACAUCCCGCCGGGCCCUGACCCGCACAGCCGUGUACACCCUGAACCUGGCACUGGCUGACCUGCUGUAUGCCUGCUCGCUGCCCCUGCUCAUCUACAACUAUGCCCAAGGUGACCACUGGCCCUUCGGUGACCUUGCCUGCCGCCUGGUGCGCUUCCUCUUCUACGCCAACCUACAUGGCAGCAUCCUCUUCCUCACCUGCAUCAGCUUCCAGCGCUACCUGGGCAUCUGCCACCCUCUGGCCCCCUGGCACAAGCGAGGGGGCCGCCGGGCAGCCUGGCUGGUGUGUGGGGCCGUCUGGCUGGCUGUGACGACCCAGUGCCUGCCCACAGCCCUCUUUGCCGCCACAGGCAUCCAGCGUAACCGCACAGUCUGCUACGACCUGAGCCCACCCGCCCUUUCCACCCGCUAUCUGCCCUAUGGCAUGGCCCUCACAGUCAUCGGCUUCCUGCUGCCCUUUGCCGCCCUGCUGGCCUGCUACUGCCGCCUGGCCCAUCGUCUGUGCCGCCAAGACGGCCCAGCAGGGCCUGUGGCCCGGGAACGGCGUGGCAAGGCAGCACGCAUGGCCGUGGUGGUAGCAGCCGCCUUUGCCAUCAGCUUCCUGCCUUUCCACAUCACCAAGACAGCCUACCUGGCAGUACGCUCUACACCUGGCGUACCCUGCCCUGUGCUGGAGGCCUUUGCAGCUGCUUACAAAGGCACACGGCCCUUUGCCAGCGCCAACAGUGUGUUGGAUCCCAUCCUCUUCUACUUCACCCAGAAGAAGUUCCGCCGGCGGCCCCACGAGCUGCUACAGAAACUCACGGCCAAGUGGCACCGACAGGAUUGCUGAGUCCAAGGGCAAAGGACAGCUGGGGCCUGGACAGCUGCUGUGUUUGCCACUGUGGCCAGGGUACCAGGAGCCCCAUCAUGCAGAGAACUAGAGUUUAGCUUAGCUGGGCAUGGAGUGAGGCUCCCCACAGACCCCCAAAUCUUACCAACAACUAUUUAUUGAGUCCUUUCUCAGGACUAGACCCUGUGGGCACAGAAACAGACAAGCCUGAGCUUGGCUCUCCAGAAGGUCCCAGACAGCCAUGGAAAACUGGGGAAGCCAUGUUAAGCUGCUCACAAAAAUAUAGCGUGAUAUGUACUGUAAUCAAAGAGUACGCUGCAGGCUUUGGAGACACCAAUAAAAGAAGGAAAAAUGGGA